AUGCGAGAGCACGUCACGCGGACGCUUGCGGCCUCCGCGAUCCAGCGCGUCGAGGCGGCCACCGAGUGCUAUGGUGUCUGCCGAGAGUGCGCGCUCAGAGUGAUGGUCACGCGCACGACACACACGGGCGCAGACUGGACCAAUCAGCGCGCGGCAAUGAGAGCCGAUUCAUUUCAACCAAUGCCGGAGCGAGACAAACAGUAG